UUGAGUUUGUGCAUACUAAAAUUUUGUAUACACUUAAGUUAAAAAAAAAAUUUUUUUUGGAGUUAAAACAAUGUGAAAAAAAAAAACUAAACAUAUGUGAAUAUGUAAAAAACAAUUGAAUGUGCUAAAUAAUUGCUAAAACAAAAGAAUCAAGUGUAAAUCUAGUUAUUCAUUUGUUUCAAGUGAAAAUAUAAAAAAAAAAAAAAGAAUCAAAUGAAACGGGGUACAAUGGCGCUGUUAAAAUGACUUCAAUAAACGCUGAAACAAAUCAUAAAACUGAUACUAAAAAUAAAGAAUUUGGUGGCAAUUGUGAUAAAUUUAUUGAUAGAAAAUGUUCUGAUACGAAUCAAUUAAUACUCAAUGGACAUCCAAAUUUACCGGGGCUCUUAAUGUCAAUGGCGGCUAAAACAUCAUUUAUUAACAAUAAUACGUCGAAUGUUUUAGUCAAAGGUGAAAAACGUCCACGGGCCCAUCAUGAUAAUUAUGGGCCAAUUAAUAAACGUUACAAAACAUUGGAUACAAAUAAUGAUCAUACAAGUUCGAAUGAAGAAUUGGAGGAAUUCAACACACGAAGAGAAAACAUGAGUAGCCCAUCGAUAAAAAUCGAAUCACCAACAUCGCCAGAGAAUUCAUCAGGAUCUGUACGCCAGAAGAUGAGUCGUAGCCGAUCAUUAGACGCAACAUACUCCGACACCACAAUUACAAAAUUAAUUAGUUGUGUACCUUGGUUCAGUAAAGACAUUCCAGAUGAAAUCAAUGAACAGACAAGCAAGAUAAAAGAAUGGUCAUUUUAUCCUCACUCUAAAAUGAAUCUAAAACGUAGUAAUUCAGAAGAAUGUGUAUCGAUAAACGAUACAUUCAGCGAUAAUUAUCGUGAUAUAAUCUUUUCAUCAUCACAAAAAGGUUUAUAUCAUCGAUUUAAAACUCAAAUCGACGAUCAAGAUGUUUCGACGCAUGAAUUGGACGAGCUAAAACAAAAAUUUGAUACACGUGUUGGGGAAAUUAGUAAGGAACGCGAACGUGCAACAAACUGUGAUGAAACUUUCGAUACGGAUAACACCGAAAAUCCGGACGAAACCUAUUUAACAUUUUUGGAUCGUUUAACAGAACAAGCACAAAAUCAAUAUUGUCCGAAAAUCAAGGAAGAAAUUAAAAUCGAACCGGAAGAAGUGAAAGAAGAAAUUAAACAACCAACAGUCGUGCCGCCAAGUAAAUCGUCGUCGAGUAGCAAAUCGAGUAAAACCGAUGAUAAACGAAGACAUCAUCAUUCGAGUUCGAGCAGUCGACAUUCUUCGUCCGAUCAUCAUAAAUAUCGAUGCUCGUAUUGUCAACGGAGCAAAACACGUUACUCGACGAAAAGUGUCCAAUGUGAAUUAGGUAUGCGAAGUAAAUCGUCGAAGUAUUCGAAAAAUAUGAAUACACUGUUAUUAGAUAAUACAAUAUCUCAUCUGGAUGGUUUAAAGUAUUCCAAAUACAUCCAUAUUGAGACACAUUGUAAUGGGGGCGCUCAAGUUGUACAUAUGUAUCAAAAUGAGAUUGAGAAUUUAUCGAAAUCUCAAAUGGAUGAACUUACACAAGAAUUUUUUAAGCUCGCAUUCUCUGAAGAUGAAAAUAAUCAUGCUAAGUAUGUAAUGGCAAUUGUACAUGGGGCAGCUGUAUAUUUACCCGAUUUAUUGGAGUACAUGGCUGCGCAUUAUCCAAAUUUAACAGUGAAGAGUGGUGUGCUUGGACGUAACUCAGAUAUUGAAACGUGUACUUUGGGACAAUAUAAUGAACAAGUACGGAAGCAUUAUGAUAAAGGGACCGUGAGAUAUGGACCCUUACAUCAAUUGAGUUUGGUGGGUGUUGCUCAUGAAGAAGUUGGCGGUUAUUUUCCUGAUUUAUUGGAUCGAUUACAGGAAAAUCCUUUUCUUAAUGCGGUAAUGCCUUGGGGUAGUUUAUCUGUGAUACAAAUGAAACGGCAAGAAUCAAACGAUGGCCCAAUAUUUUGGGUACGACCUGGUGAACAACUUGUUCCUACAGCUGAAAUUGGCAAAUCACCUUGUAAAAGACGCAGAACUGGUAUAAACGAACUUAAAAAUUUACAAUAUUUACCUCGAUUAUCGGAAGCCCGACAAUAUCUAUUCGAGGAUCGGACCAAAGCCCAUGCAGAUCAUGUAGGAGCUGGAUUGGAUCGGAUGACAACAGCUGCUGUUGGCGUUUUGAAGGCUGUGCAUGCCGGUCAUGUUGAAGGUCCAAUUAAUCGAAUCACUAAAGAUGUUGUUGCGUUCCAUGCAAGAGAUUUUGAUACACUUGCUGAGAAAUUACAAUUAGAUUUACAUGAGCCACCCACGUCACAAUGCGUUACUUGGAUUGAAGAUGCAAAAUUAAAUCAAUUAAGACGAGAAGGAGUCACGUACGCUCGAAUACCAUUGUAUGAUAACGAUAUUUAUUUUCUACCUAGAAAUAUAAUACAUCAAUUUCGAACUGUUACAGCGGUUACUUCAAUAGCUUGGCAUGUACGCUUAAAACAAUACUAUACCGACGUGGAAAAAACAAAAGAUUUUGUACACGCACGUGUGGUGAAUGAUCCGGUUCACGAAUUUCGUGAGAAUAAAACCGUUGGUACAAAAAAGGUGCACAAAACAGUGAGUACAGAUACGGAACCCGCACGUAAAGAGCAUAAAAGUAACCAAGAUGAUCGAAGUACAGCUACAGCAAAACCUCAUCACACAUCAAGCAGCAACCAUGAUAAACAGAAAAGACAUCAUGAACAUCACAAUAAUGUGACGAAACAUUCAGAUAACAAUCGAGCGGAUAACAGCAGCCAUCACAGAUCAUCAAAUUCUGUGCAUUCCUCUUCGUCCUCACAUAAACGUGACCAUAAAAAACAUUCUUCGUCUUCGGACAAAGAUAAAAAUCGUUCAUCAUCAUCAUCAUCAAAGCAUAAACAUUCAUCAUCUUCGUCCAGUCAUCGAAAUCAUUCAUCGUCAAAAUCAUCGAAGACGACUUCGACAAGUUCGAAUAGCAAACGUGACGAAUCUGAUAAAAUUGAGAACGGUAUCAAAAAAUCACCAGAACAAUCAAAGGAUAUCAGUUUAAAUCAAACUUCCCCUCGACCACAAUUAUUAUCGAAUGGUCCUGGUUCGAUGCCGUCUACAACGACCGCUUCAAAUGUUACAACACCGCCGGCGUCGGCAACAGUAUCAACAUGUCCACCUCCACCCCCGUCAACUAACACGACAUUAGUAAAGCAUGAAAUAAAAAAACCGUUACCGAAAAUUGUGAAACCGUCAACAGUGAAUUUAUUGGACACGAUUAUUCAAAGUAUGAAUAAUACUACAAAAAUGUAACGAUUUUUGGGUCACGAUUUUUCAGUUAAGAGUACAAAGACGAUUUAUAUAUAUUUUUCGAAGGAAUUUCGAAGUUUUUUUUUCUUUUUAACAAAUAAUCCGGAUGUUAGGCGAUUUUUUUCCCCCGUUCCAGUGAAAAACGUUUGAAGAUAAAUUUUCAUAAGUGUGUGAUUGAAAAAUUAUGAACAGUUUCGAAGUUUGAAUUGUAAGUGUUUAACUGACGCGACGUCCAAAGUCUCCAAAAAAAUAUCCAAA